AAACACGUUAAUGCGUUAUAGGUUUUUUCCCGGCAAACCGUUAGUCUCUCCUCCUUCAGCUUUACACGAGCGGCAUAGUCUCUUUCGUCAUUUUCUGUACCCAAUAGAAGUGUAGGCAAGCUUUUGAUCUUGGCUCUCCUGUGCUUUCAUCUUACCUGUUUUAUUGCCGAGUAAGCCGUCUCAAAUGGUUGGUCGUUCAGUUCAUAUUUGAAAGCAACAAAUUGCACGCCAUGUGUUCGAUGUCACAAUGGCCUGUAGACAUGUAGACAGGUUAAUACAUGGAGCAAGGCAUCUAAUGGCUAAGCGAAAGGGAGCUGUCCAUUUGAAUGGGAUGCUACAUCAUUGCUCAGAGGAGUCUCAUGGAGAGCCUAUGCCCCGAGAAUGGUAUCAAAAGGGAUUCCCCAAGUUAACAAAACUAACCCAAUUGUUAAAAAAUGCCGAUUUGGUUGAUGGAAGGCUUGUUAACAUCAGUGAUGGUUCGAUUAUCAUGGAUGACCAUAUUGAACACAGAAUGCUUACUUUCAAGUCACUUGCCAGGGAAUUUAUUGGUUCUCCAUUAGUUCAGCAAACGUUAAAGAAUGAUGUCGUGGCGUUGUCAGGUGGUAGAAUCUGUAAUCAAUUUGUGUGUUUCAGUAAACCAAAUGAAAGAGAGCCCAUGGUUGUAAAAACACUCUCCGUAGUAAGUGGCUUUCUGAACAUCACUGCUCAACAAAGACAGUCAGUACGUGUUACAUUAUCUCCACAGAUUACACAGCACCGCAUAUGGACUGGGACGCUUGAGGAGGUACUCAAUGGAUUGAAAUCUGAGUUGGAAUAUUUAGAUCAUCGGUGCCCAAGCAAAGGGACGAAGAUGGGACAGCAGAUAGUUGCUAGCUGUCUGAAGUUCUUGGCUGACACAUCCACAUCCAUUUCAUAUGAACAUGAUUGCUCUUCAUGGACGCGCCUAUCGCCUGCAAAAGUUACAGACUCUUCUGGUUUGCAAAAAUGGGAAGAUGUUCUCGAGAUGUUCAACGACCUCAUUGAUUGUUUGAAAAAUGAAAGGGAGUUACUUCUUUACGUAGCGAAGCUUGAGGUCUUGAAAGAGGGGCUGUCUCAGAUCAAGGAUGUGUUGACUGAUAGAAAUAUAGGACACAAGGAAGUUCGACAUCAAGAAAGCCUAGUGCAGAAGAAGCUGACAAAGACAUUGGGUCAUUCGUCCAAGUGCCUGUUCACACUUAUGUUAUAUUACCUCUUUGGGCAUGUUAGAGAUAUUGAAGUGGACGUACGUGGCGGCAUUUAUAGCAGCGGUAGUGAGAACGAUUUCUGCUUGUGCAUGGGAAGGAUUGUGACUUCAGAUGAGGAGGAGAUGGUUUGGAGCGGGGUGAGGCAGUUGGACAGGGCUCUUGGACUUUUCAAGUUUGUAUGGGAAACAGCAGGGAUGAAAGGAGCUUUACAACUGCAAGGGCAUAUAUGGUGCGUAGGGGCUGAAGGCAGAACACUUACAUAUAGAGGAAACACAUUUUUUGUCCAUGGGAUUCAUGUUUGACAAACACUUGUCUUAGAAUAUGAGUUCAAAUUUCAAAACCUUUUUUUUUUCUUUCUGAAAUCAGGACCAGUGUGGAGAACUAGCAAGGAUUGGAGAAACAGAUUUUUGGGCGUCACUUGACCACAGAUUGUUGAUUGCUCAAAUGUGUAGAA